UAGAUGUUAUUACACUUUUCCUUGAUCGUUACAAAACGUUUCCCCCCUUUUUAUUCUUUGAAAAAUCGUUCAGAAUUUCGCGGUACACUCGUUCACUGAUCACGAGAAAACUGGGGCGCACGAUCAGCUCGAAAUGAUGCAUGGACGAGCGCGAGAUCGGAGACUGAACUACAUCUUCUGCUAUCAGUUCCCUUUAUAAGUUGCUUCAGAAACACUUGUCAUCGCGAACGAAAUCACACAGUGCUGUUAUAAUAAAGCGAGAGACGCCGUUGCAGAAAAUUUGGAUUAUUAGUCGGGAGAAUAAUAUUUAUAUUGUAUGGAGUAUUCGGAAACUCAACCUAACCUGAAUUUACUGAAGCAACUUUCUAUACCGCAGUUCACCAGAGUCCAUAACUGCGAAAAGACCAGUUUUCGUUCUUCGCGCUUCUCCAGUGCGCAUCUUCGCCCUGAUUGGCGAUACUUCCAAACGAAGUGGAAAGCGAUUAGCAGAGAGCUCGCUGCGUUCCCCCACCAUUUUCCAACCUGCGCGUCGCAGUUAUGGACUCUGGUGAACUGCGGUAUAUAUAUAUUUUGUGUGGACGGGUAACUUCGUGUUUGCCUAUAAAAAAAAAGUAUUAUGAUAGAACGAACAGCAAUACUUAAGAACGAUUGUCUUAAACAUAUGUGAAUAAAUAUAUUUCCGAUGAAUGAGGAUUAGUUUUUGCUCUUUAAUUCAACUAAGGGUUGUAGAUUGAAAUUUGAGGGUUAUAUGUAUACCAGAAUGAUCACUUGUGCUUUCUAACCUAUAUUAUACUGAUACAGUGAAUGGUGAAAUUUCGCGUUUUUAAUGUUUUUAAUGUUUUUAAUUACCUUGAGAUUUAUUUAAAUGGCGAUUUUCAACAAGGUCUUAUGUUUACGUCAAUUACAAUAUUUAUACAUAAAUGUUAGAAGGUUGUCUAACUACGACAAACGACGUGAUUUUCAAUUUUGUGAUGAUUUGAAAGACAAAUUUUUAGAUAUACUAAUAAAACCCAAUAGUAUAUCAAAUGAAACCUGGGAAAGUAUAAGAAAAUAUGGAGUGGAAUUAACUAGUCGUAAUGCAGAGGUUGUUGAUUCUAUGAUUUUCGAAAUAUUGAGAAAAGAAAACUGUCUAGACGCAGGAUUGAAUUAUUAUAAAUUUCUAAAAACCAAUAAUUAUAAUUGUUCUAUUAUUGCUGCAAAACAUUAUUUGUUAUUAUCUCAAUUAAAGGAAACACUUACAGAUGCAGAGAAAACAGAUAUUUUAAAUCUUUGCAAGGAAGUUAAAGAGCAGCAUAAAUUUCUACCUUCAUUUAUAGCUCAAGUUAUUAUUCGAAGCUUAUGUCGACUAGACAAAUGGGAGGAAGCCAUUGAUACUAUAGAACAAUUUGAGAAACAUGAUUCAACAUUAAUGACACAUGCGUAUCAUACAGUGAUUGAAUAUUUAUUUAAAAAUAAUAAACCAAAGCUAGGAUCCAAAUAUAUGUUUAUUUAUAUACAAAAAGGCGUGCGCAUUGAUGAUAAUCUAUACAGUCUUUAUUUAAAAUAUUGUUUACAAGAAAAAGAUACAUUUAAUAACAGAAUUGAGAAAUUAUUUUCAUACUGGAGGAAAUAUGGUGCUAUACCAACUAAAGAAACUACAGAUGAAUGCAUAAAAGCUUGUAAUGAAGCUGGUUGGUCAGCACAAAUAGUAACUGUAUCAAACUUACAAUGUAGUGCAUGUCAUGAGAUGCUAGAGGAAACACAGUUGUCUGAAAAUGAGAUCAAACGUUUGUUUGAAGCAGUAAAAAGUAAUGUAAUUACUGAUAAUGCAUAUAAGGUAUCUGACCCACAAGAAUUGAAAAAGUUUGAACAAUUUAUGAUGCAUAACAAACCAUAUGACUUUGUUAUUGAUGGAUUAAAUUCUAUAAAAUAUGUAAAUAGUAUGAACACUUUAGAGAGAAUGAUUAGAAAGUUAAAACAUGAGGGCAACAGAAUUCUUGUCAUUGGAAGACAUCAUCUAAAGAAAUCACAAAAAAUAGGAAAUAUGAAAAAUUAUGCAGAUUUUUUCUUUGUGAAUAACAUGUCAAAGGAUGAUGCAUUUAUAUUAUAUGCAGCAUUGUUAAGUGGAAAAACUAAUGUUAUCUCUAAGGAUUUGAUGCAUCAACAUAAAUUUACCUUUCAUAACAUUGAAUUAACCAUUCUGUUUAGAAGGUGGCAAUUGAGACAUCAGUACUUUUUUGAUACAAAAUCAAAAAAUUUAACGCAACUAAGAUUAAUACAUCCUAUGAGCGAAUUUGCUCUAAAGAUAAACAAUUGUUGGCAUAUUCCAUAUAAUAAUUUUUCACCUCAUUAUUUAACCAAACAUUACACAGUUGAUUGGGCUUGUUUUAAAAUGCCCACUUAGUACGAGUUUGUAUUUUUAUAAUUCUUAUAAAUAAAUAUAUAAACAAAUUUAUUAUUAA